GACAAGGAGCAGGACAAGGACUGUGAGGCGUCUCUGCCCGCCGCCGCCAUGCUGAACGUCUUCCGCUCCAUCCCCACGCAGAUGGACUACAAGGGCCAAAAAUUAGCAGAACAGAUUUUUCAAGGAAUCAUUCUUGUCUCUGCAAUAAUUGGUUUCAUCUAUGGAUACAUAACUGAGCAGUUUGGAUGGACUGUCUACAUAGUUAUGGCUGGAUUUGCUUUAUCGUGUUUGCUAACACUCCCUCCAUGGCCUAUGUACCGCCGCAAUCCUCUGAAAUGGCUACCUGUCCAAGAAUCGGGAACAGAAGAAAAGAAGUCAGCAGACAGAAAGCCAAAGAGACAUGCUAAAAGCUAAAAAAUU